AAUAUAUUUUAAAAAAGAAAAAAAAAUAGACUUAAAGCUUUAUUCGGUAAGCCCAGAGGUCCCCUCAUAGGGAACUCUGCUGUACAUGGUUGCAUAAUUGUCAAAAAGUAUGGGUCAUAAAAUGGAGAGUCUUGUCCCCUUCCCUAACAGUUGAAUCUUCCGAAAAUUUCUGGGUUGUUUCAGGGACCCAACUGUUGCAUAAAGCAGGGUUCUCUCUUGCUUUUCUCUGCAAGGGGUGGAUGCUCAGUAAAUGGUGCCCGGCUGCCUGAUGUCAUGUGGCCUGUGUUUUGGACCGUGGUGCGUACUUAUGCUCCCUAUGUCACGUUUCCUGUGGCCUUCGUGGUCGGGGCUGUGGGCUACCACCUGGAAUGGUUCAUCCGGGGAAAAGAUCCCCAGCCUGUGGAGGAGGAGAAGAGCAUCUCAGAGCGUCGGGAGGACCGCAAGUUGGAUGAGCUGCUAGGCAAGGACCACACCCAGGUGGUGAGCCUUAAGGACAAGCUGGAAUUUGCCCCUAAAGCCGUCCUGAACAGAAACCGCCCGGAGAAGAAUUAGUAGAGGACACAGGGCCAUAUGGGUCCUUCCGUAGGCCGUGACUGGUCCUGCCACCAUGUUGACCCAGCUCCAGAAUCCACAUCUGAUUUGUGUUGCUUAUUUUGGCCCCUCGGGCACCACCCGGCCACACACAUACUGGGUGCUCUUCUACAGCCAGGCACACGGACACACUAGAAGCUGAGGGGCCAGUGAAGAGGAAGGCCCUGAAGGGUUCUGGCCUGCAGGCUGCAUCUGUUGUAUGGUGGGCACAACUGCUGGGAGUAGUGUUAUGGGAUGAACCUGGGCUGUCGGUCCCUGCAGGGAGGCAGUUUGGCCUCAAGCUGAAGUGCAUGGGAUUGGGGUGUUGCCUUAAGAGAGAUACCUCAUGUCUAGUUCUCGUUUGCAUGGGAAGAUUUCAGAAAUCUACCUGGUUCCUUCCCUCGUUUGCCCAGUCCUUUGUGCUCACUCUUGCUGAAAUCUUGUCCUACCAGCUCAGGAAAGCGGGGGGACUCGCUGGGGAGGGGCUGUUCUUGGCAGCCCAAGGCUGUUCACCUUGGGGUAGGUGAAUCUGCUUGAAAAUAAUCUCCAUCUUGCAUCCCCCCAUCACUGUAUAGUGCAAAACUUGAUUAAAGUGGCAUCUGAGAACCAUA